UUACUAAAAUGGGCGGAACUUGAUGUAGGAUAUCCGGAGAAGCCAUUUUGUUUUUCCCCAUUUGUUUCAAGGGUAACAGAGGAAGGCACAGACAUGUUUCCCCUCGCUAGAUCUGCACUUUCCUUGACAGCUCGUGGAAUUCAGAGGACAGUAUCAAGGCAGGCCCACCACAAAGCAGGACCUAAUUUCCAUGAUAAGUAUGGCAACAUCGUUCUGCUAUCUGGAGCUGUGUUCUGUACUGCAAUCUGGUCUUAUGUGAUUACACAAACAGGGAUAACAUGGAACCUCUCUCCUGUCGGCAAAGUCACUCCAAAGGCAUGGAAUAACCAAGAAUGACCGACAGAUGACGUUGUCUAAAUGUGUUCCCAGAACUUGUGCUGCACCUAUGCUGUGUACAUAAAAGCAUAUAUUUGCUCCCUUAAAAUUGUCGUUUUAUGGUAAUGAGUUUCUGUUAUAAUAAAUAGACCAAAAUUUAA